GAUAUUGGCGUCCUCCAAGCCGUGCUUGACGAGCACCAGAUUGUGAUCGUCAUCUCAACGCUAGCAAUGCAAAUCAUUGGUGACGGAAAGUCCCAGAUUAAUCUUAUUGAGGCAGCUGAGAAGAGCAGUUUCGACGGAGCGAUCCGUGGCCAGCACCUGGGCUGUCCGAACCCCUGCAGAGCAAGCCCCUCAAAGCCCCAACACAACGAAUCGUACGCAACGCUUGAAAAGACGGGGCUCGAAUGGACCACCUUCAACUUGAGUUGGUUCCUCGAGUACUAUUCAAUGCCGCAUGUAGACACAUAUAUCCUGCAGACGACAUUCGUUGUGGACAUGGCCAACAAGUUUGCCUCCAUCCCCGGGGACGGUAAUCAGAUGAUCUUCACAUGCACAAGGGACGUAGCGAAAUUUGUUGUUGCGGCGCUCGACCUGCCAAAUGAGAGCGCGACACAUAUGUCAUAGGCGACAAGAUGACCUUGGAGGAUUUCAUUAAGCUUGUUGAAGAAGCCAAAUACAAACAGAAAAAAAAGGCAAGUGAAUAAUUGCCGCUUUAUAACUUCCAUUAAGCAUCAUAUUAGAAUUUAUUCAUCGCUAUCCAUAUGCCA